CCUGCCAGGAUGGCUGUCCUCCACAAAGGUCUCCUCACUCAUCGAGAGGAUCUCUGACCCCAAGGACUUGAAAAAACUUCUCAGGACCCGGAAUAAUGUAUUGGUGCUUUACUCCAAAUCCGAGGCUGCAGCUGAAAGUCAUCUCAGGUUACUGUCCACUGUGGCCCAGGCAGUGAAAGGACAAGGCACCAUCUGCUGGGUGGACUGUGGUGACACAGAGAGUAGAAAAUUGUGCAAGAAGAUGAAAGUUGACCUGAGCCCAAAGGACAAAAAGGUCGAAUUAUUCCAUUACCAGGACGGUGCAUUUCACACUGAAUAUAACCGAGCUGUGACAUUUAAGUCCAUAGUGGCCUUUCUGAAGGAUCCGAAAGGGCCCCCGCUGUGGGAGGAAGAUCCUGGAGCCAAAGAUGUGGUUCACAUUGACAGUGAAAAGGACUUCAGACGGCUCCUGAAGAAGGAAGAGAAGCCGCUGCUGAUGAUGUUUUAUGCCCCGUGGUGCAGCAUGUGCAAGAGGAUAAUGCCGCAUUUCCAGAAGGCUGCCACCCAGCUGCGAGGCCACGUUGUGCUGGCCGGGAUGAACAUCUACCCCUCGGAAUUUGAAAACAUCAAGGAGGAGUACAACGUGCGGGGCUACCCCACCAUCUGCUACUUCGAGAAAGGACGGUUUCUGUUCCAGUAUGAAAACUACGGGUCCAGCGCCGAGGACAUUGUGGAGUGGCUGAAGAAUCCGCAGCCGCCACAGCCCCAGGUCCCCGAGACUCCCUGGGCAGAUGAGGGCGGCUCCGUUUAUCACCUGACCGACGAAGACUUUGACCAGUUUCUGAAGGAGCACUCCUCUGUCCUCGUCAUGUUCCACGCCCCAUGGUGUGGACACUGUAAGAAAAUGAAGCCAGAGUUUGAGAGUGCAGCGGAAGUCCUCCACGGAGAAGCAGACAGCUCUGGUGUCCUUGCAGCUGUCGAUGCCACUGUCAACAAGGCCCUGGCAGAAAGAUUCCACAUCUCCGAGUUCCCCACAUUGAAGUACUUUAAGAACGGAGAGAAAUAUGCAGUGCCCGUGCUCAGAACGAAGAAGAACUUUAUUGAGUGGAUUCGAAACCCCGAGGCCCCCCCACCCCCAGAGCCCACCUGGGAAGAGCAGCAGACCAGCGUGCUGCAUCUGACGGGGGACAACUUCCGGGAGACCCUGAAGAAGAAGAAACACACCUUGGUCAUGUUCUAUGCCCCUUGGUGCCCGCACUGUAAGAAGGUCAUUCCAUACUUCACCUCCACCGCGGACGUCUUCAAAGAUGACCGAAAGAUCUGCUGCGCUGCUGUGGACUGCAUCAAAGAGAAGAACCAGGACCUGUGUCAGCAGGAGGCCAUCAAGGGCUACCCCACUUUCCACUACUACCACUACGGGAAGUUUGUAGAAAAAUAUGACAGCGAUCGGACGGAAUUGGGAUUUACCAAUUUUAUUCGAACCCUCCGGGAGGGAGACCACGAGAGACUAGGGAAGAAGAAAGAAGAGUUGUAACUUCUGCCUCAGAGAAAGCCUUUCCAUUGCACUGUGAAUGAUACCUGUUUUAUUGUUCUUUCUGAAUUUCCAUGUGUCUGAAGACAAAGUUUUUUAGAGCCACGUAUGGCCAUUUUGUACAAUUUUGAAAUAAAAUUAAACCAAUUGUU